AUGUCAAUCACCAUCACUGCAGAGGACUGGCCUUCCUCCUCCUCCUCUUCUACUGCGGAGCCGAUGUGGAAGCCUCUCACAGAGGUUCGAACGAGGGAAGUGCACCAGUGCAUCCUAGACUGCUGUGAAGCUGAUGCUCACACAGUGGGGUCUCAACGGUUGAAGGAAUCGUCUGCUUAUGCUUUCAAGGCUUCUGGUAAGAUGGCCAGGAGCCGCGUGGUCUUGCUGAUGGCCGAUGUAGCUGCUGAAGUGCCCCCCUCAUUGAGUAGGAGGAAGGACAGUCGAAUCACUGCGGCUAAGCAGAGCCUUCUAGCUGAGGUCAUUGAAUGCGAACACAACGCUUCCCUACUCCAUGACGAUGUGGUGGACGAGGCUGCGACAAGACGAGGGUUGGAAAUAUCUUUCAGUCUAUAUGGAAAUCAACAGGCGGUCUGGACUGGAGACUUCAUCAUUUCUGUCAUGAUCGGUUGCCUCAGUAAAAUCAACGAGCCCAGAGUCACUGCUCGUAUCGCCUCCAGCAUGCAGAACCUCGUGAAAGGUGCCUACCGACCUGUCGGUGAACUACUGCAAGUACAGCAUAAGAAGCAUCUACCAUGUGUAGAUGAUGAUGGUGAUGCUCGAGUUGAUAUGGCGUCGUUGAAAAGAGACGAGGAUGAGAGUACCACUACUACGAAGUGGCUCCGACAGUGA